AUGCCAUGGUACGUCUUAGAGAACCUGUUCGCCAUUAAAGGAAAGAAGGUUUUAGAAGAGUUGUGGCAUUACCAGGCAAAGCCUAUUGUCGUCGUCACAAACCCUAGAGGUCAAGUCAUUCACAAUAAUGCAAUGCACAUGAUCUUUGUGUGGAAGAUUCAAGCCUUCCCAUUUCGACCUGAGGAUGAAGAAAGACUCUCCCUUCAUUGGAAGUGGUUUUGGAAUCAAGCAACCAAAGUUUUUCCAGACAUUGAAAAAUGGAUUCAGAAUGACACACACAUCUUUAUUUAUGGAGGAACUGACGUUGCUGGGACCCAGAGGAUUGGUACACUGUUAGACUCCAUUAAGAAGGACCCCAUCAUCAAGCAAGCAGACGCCAUAAUCGAGCAUUUCAACCUGUCAAAGCUUGACGAAACCUCUGCGUCCAAUUUCCGGAACAAGAUCACCAACUCGAUGUUAAGCAGAGUUCAAACGAAGAACUCCAAACAGGACACUAUUCUUAAAGACUUGAAAACUUUAAUGUCAUACAAAAACGAGAGAACUUGGGCCCUUCUGAGCAAAGGCUCCAACGUGCUGGUUAUAGGGUUUGAUCCCCUGGUAACAAGCGUAUUGGAGGAUUUCGAUGAAUGGAGAGUGAACGUGCCAGUGCUUCAAGGUUUUGAUACUGCAUUUAUGAAGUAUUACAGUGAAAAGAAGGCUAGUGUUCCUCCUCCUUGUCUCCACUUCCAAAUGAGCAAUAUACGAUCAGGAGUUCCUUUCACCAUCACUUGCCCUGAGCCAUCUUGUAAGAAGAAGAUUAUGGAAGUUGAAAAUGCUAGUUACAAGUGUUGCCAUGGGAUCCAUUAUCACCACGCAUCAGAGAAUUUGAACGUCGAGAUUGGGACCACAGUUCUGAAAACCAAAUGGACUCCAUGA